AUGACUACAACAAAUAAUUUAUGUAGUACAUUCACAGUCCUAAAAAGAAUUUCGCAAGAUCAACGAAAUCAAAUAAAACCUUUUGAAUUUCUGGUAAACAAUCCAAAAUUUUCGGAUAUUCAAUUUAUUAUUGGAAGGGAUAAUCAACAACGGAUUUCAGCACACAAACUUAUUUUAGCUGCUAGGAGUGCUGUUUUUGAAGCUAUGUUCUAUGGUACUCUAGCAACGAAAUCUGACGAAAUUCAGAUACCUGAUAUUGAACCGUCUGCUUUUUUGUCAUUAUUAAAUUUUUUGUACACGAAUGAAGUACAAAUUAGCCCGAAAACAGUUUUGGCAAUUCUAUAUGCAGCAAACAAAUACGAUGUACCAGCAUCAGAAAGUUUACUCGACGAACCACAAUUAGUAGCCUUGUGUUUAGAUUUAAUAAAUAAGAAUACAAUGGAUGUUUUAGAAGCGGAUAGUUUUACCGAUGUGGAUUUGGGUACUUUAAUUUUUAUGUUGGAACGUGAUACUUUACAAGUGUUUGAAUCAAAAUUAUUUCAAGCAAUUGUAUUAUGGUCCGAGGCAGAAUGUGCUAGAAAACAAUUACCUAUAACGCCAGAAAAUCAACGAUCUGUUCUAGGUCAAGCACUGGAACUAAUACGCUUUCCUUUAAUGACACUCAAAGAAUUUGUGAUUGGACCAGUAAAAAGUGGUUUAUUGGAUGGUAGUGAAAUUACCAAAUUUUGUGUGGAUACAGCAUCAAAUGCAAGCUCUACGGAAAUACCUAGAUGUAUUAAAAAUCCUAUUGAAUGUCAUUUUAAAUUUGAUAGUAGCAAUGACACACUAUCGAGAUACGAUACAAGUUUCGAAGAUGAAUUAAAGUUUAUUCGGCCUGUGGUCAUAAUUGGUUUUGUGCUAUGCCCAAUAAUAAUAAAAUAUAAAACUAAUGUUUUGUUGACAUUGAAGGACGUAACAGAAGACACUGUACGUUGCUGUGUUAGUCAGCGCAAUAAUUCAGCUUGCCCUCAAGAUUUGUUGCGUAUAAUUUUUAAUAAACCGAUAAUGGUUAUACCCGAUAAUAAUUACAAGGUUGUCAUUGAAAUUGAGGAGCGCUCUGGUGAUACUCAGAUCCGUAAGAAAUCAGAUGGAAUCAUUUGUGGAUAUGAUGGAAAAAAGCUAGAGAAUUUGAAUCCAACUGAUUACUUUUCAUUUAAAUGCUGGACUGGUAUUAUUUCACAAAUUAUUUUCUACGUUUCACAAGAAAUGAAAUAAUUAUAUAAACAGUUAUAUUAUAUUAUAUGGUUAACUGUUUUGAUGAUGAAAUUUACAUUGCUUUGAGAACCUUGGCAGAAUAGUGAUGAAUAUUUUAGCAUCGUGUGAGAAAACGAAAUCGUCAAGUUUCUAUUAGCGGAGACCUUUGAGUAUUUACGUACUACUGGGAAUAAUAAUUUCAUGUAAAGGAUGAAACUAGGUGUUCGCGAGAGGUUAGUUUACUAACGGAUCUGUAAGUAGCCACUGACAAUUUUGAGCUCGUUCAAUUGACUACUAUUCAUCACCCCAUACAUUACCAACCUAUUUUUUAGGUACAUGGGGUGCCGUAUGCCUUUUGCCUGCAAAUAACUAGCUAGUAAACUAAAUUAGCGCUUUGUUCUGUCAAAUAGUGACUAUUUAAACGUCAUCCAUAGUGACUUUUUUAAACGUCCCCAUAAUUCCACGUUCGCUUAACCUUUGAACUAAGCGUGUCUGUUGCGUGUCUGCCUUUGAAAGUGCUAUUUAUAAUACAGAAAGUAUCUAAGAUAAAAAUUUGGAUUGCGUAUGAUUUAGGUUUCACUUUGGCAGUGACGUAUUUAGAGUCAAAACCGCUCUUGGAUAUUGAAAUUGGUCGCCAUAUUAACGUUGGUUAUCACAAUAAUUUCAAAGGCGCAUAUCUUAUACGGGUAUUUACUUCAAUCUAAGCUUUCAGGUUCGAUUAAAACCUCACUCUGAUUCAUAA